CGUCCGUCUUUUCGGCCUCUCUUCUCCUCCUUUUAUCGCCGGAGACUGCAUUUUCCGUACUAUACCCGGCUAAUUCGAAUACGCAAUUCGAGCUGUUUUGACAUUUUCCAGCUAAGAUCUACUCGUUUUCAGCGAAUUUCCGUCCAAAAUCGGAUCAUCUAAUACAGUUUCCGGUCUUCUCUGCGUGAGAUUGUGCUUCCCGUCAUAGAUCUGUCAUCUUCCGACAAUAUUCCGGCGAAAAUCAGAUCCUUUGUGCAGAUUUCCAGCCGAUUUCACCGGAGAUUACAUUUUCCGGCACAAAUCCUGCCGCCGCAGAUUGCAUUCUCUUGCCGUUUCUAAGGAAGUAUUCAUCUCCCGGAUACAGUAACUUCUACAGAUCUCCAUCUGUUUCAUUCCAUUUCCGGCGAAAAUCUCCGAUUUCUAUUGAGUUUUUGCAAGCUUCUAGGCGAAGAUGGAGGGAGAAGAUCUGAGCUUAAGCUUAAGCUUACGAACGGCUGACAUUGAUCCGACUAACCCCGCGCAUCCAUCGCUUGCAGAAUAUCGUUUUCCUUUCUAUUCCAACAGAGAUGGAGACGAGAUCCAAUGCAAGAGGCAUCGACGUGAAUCGGAUGCCUGCAUUGAAUGACGGAGAUACGGAUGACGCACCAUCAUCGUCGCCUAGGAAUGGCGGGAAGAGACGUAGCGCGGAUAGAGAGGAGAACGAUGGAGGUGGCAGAAUGACAGGGAGCGACGAAGAGGAAGGGGAGACGACGAGGAAGAAGCUGAGGUUAUCUAAAGAGCAGUCUGCCAUUCUCGAAGAGAGCUUCAAAGAGCACAACACUCUCAAUCCGAAGCAAAAGCUUGCAUUGGCAAAACAACUGAAUCUAAGACCUAGGCAGGUGGAGGUCUGGUUCCAAAACAGAAGAGCAAGAACGAAAUUGAAACAGACGGAAGUCGACUGUGAAUUCCUGAAACGAUGUUGUGAGAACCUAACCGAAGAAAAUCGGAGGCUCCAGAGAGAGCUGUUAGAGCUAAGGGCGUUGAAACGGUCCCCGCAUUUCUACAUGCCGGUCCCGGCGACGACCCUUACCAUGUGCCCAUCAUGCGAGAGAGUGGAGGCGUCUGAGAAUCAGGCUCCGUUUCUUUCUCGGCAGCAAAUCCGAUCAUGACCGUCCUUCUUCCUUAUUCUUCUUCGCUGAUCAUGUUCUUCUUAUUCAUAUCUACUCUAGUACACCUGCAUGUUUCUUAUCAAAAAGGAGAGAUUCUUGUGCAGCCAAAAAGGAAAAGCGGUGAAAAAAAAUUUUAAAAAAUCUAAUGUAGAAAUAGAAGAGAAUUUAUAAGCUUUGCAUACAG